CAUCUCUCAGAGACGCCUUCACCUCCUUUUGACUAUACUCUAUUAUACAAUACAAUCAAGAGUUUCAUCAUAUCACACAAACAGAUCACUUGAAUCAUGUCUUGCAUAGUAAGAAAAGACGAUGAGCCAUCGCCCUUUCCACCCCUCAAACAAUCACCAUCAUGCCAAGGCUUCACCCACCUUGCUAGCGAUGGGGUGUACCGCAGUUUUAGCUCAAGUGGCGAGGUAGUAGAUUAUAAGCAAAUGAGCCCGGCGGAAAUUACAAAGAUGCUGGAAUUCUUUGGAAAAUAUAUGGAUUCAGAGGCUUUUGAGAAGACUAAACCAAAAUUUGACGGCGUGGAUGGCAGAAACGUGACCGAUUUGGAGCAACUGCUUCAUCCAGGACCAGAAAUUUAUCCAGUGAGAUUUAGAGAGUGAAGACCACACAAUUUUGCUGACUUCUAUCUGCCUGUCUCGCCCUUAUUUCCAUGUCUGUUUAGUAGCCGACUAAGCCGGCUGCGUUAUUUCAGUUAAAGACAAUCCCUCUCUGCUGGGACAUGAUUUAAACGCAAUAAAGCUUGGCUUGCUAAUUUGAUCCUUCGCUGCAAUGUAAUAGAAACGGGCCUAA